AAAUUAGAAACAGAUUUAUUUUUGACAGUUUAACCCUAAAGUCCCACCCUGAUCAUCUUUUGUUUUACCAUGAAAGCCUUCUCUGUAGUCUUUUAAAUAUUAUGAUGUUUUAAGCCACAAUUGAAAAUUGGGUUAUUUUCUUGGAACUAGUUUCAGUAGAGUGGCAUUAAUUCAUUAGAAAUUUGUCUCUGAGUUGUUGAAGGGCAACCCCACCCCCCUUUCCCUCCCAGUUGUGGAGUGGAGUCUAUAGCAUGGAGCUUAUGACCCACCCAGCAUUUCUUUCAUCUGCUCCAUAUUCAAAGCUAUUUAAAUAAAUAAAAUAUUCAAAAAAUGAAAUUUGAAACUUAUUUUGUAAAUAUAUGUCUUCCAUAAUCAGAAAAAUGCCACAAAAACAUGUAAAAUAAAAACACUACUUUUAUCAGUGUAGGUCUUUAAAAAAUAUCACUUGAAAGGUCAGAGGUCACUUUUUUGACAACCACAGUGUGAUAAAAAGUCUGAAGAAUAAAACAAAGAGACAAAAUAUUCAAGGUUCGGUCUCGAAAAGACACGUGCACUUCUUUGAUCCAAACAUGUGUGGAUCGUUAAAGUUUUUUCUCUCAUUUCUACACAACUAACUCUCAUCAAAUAUGGAAAAAUAGAUACAAUUAUUUUUAGUCAUCUAAUGUACUAAGAUAACUGGUUUACACUGCCAUAGUCUGAAUAUAUAGGGUACAAAUAACUACCAGGUCAUUUAGUUGAUUUUACUUUUAGUUUUUGCAGGUGUUUACAAAAAUACAGGUUUAAUUGUAUAUUUUCAUACAGUCUCUAACAAUUGAUCAAAUUAGUGAUUGAAUUAAACAGUAGAAAGAGCUCUAAGUUCACUGGCUUACAGCUAACUGACCUGGUUUCAAUUUAUUUCAGUUUCAUAUACAAAACAUGAUUUUGUUUUGGUGUGUUUUACUUAUAAAGAACUGACUGUAAGGAAACUAAAGUGACCUAUAGAACUAGAGGUAUGGCUAAUUUCUGAGGGGACAUGUUUCUGUGGCUGUCACUCAUCCACUGUGGAAUUAGCCUUUUUAAAAUAUGGAUUGUAAAUUACUAAUAAUUAUGUACAAAAAUUACACAAUUUAUGAUCAUAACAUGUAAUUAUGAAGAAAAAAAUUGAAAACCAAAUAAAGAAACCAUAUAAAGAGCUAAAAGGUCAAUGAAAAGCACCAGAAAGUCAAACUCUAGAUAUAUAAUUCACAGAGAGAAAAGAAUAUAUAUACAUAUAUGAUCAUACUAUCACCUCAUUUUACUUUAAAAAAUAUAAUGAUUUGUUUUAACCUUUGAUUUACAGUCUAUUUAAUCUCACUUUCCCUCACAGCAAGAACCCAGUUAUGACAUUUUAUCGGAUAGCUUACUAUUUCCUGGUGAUUAUUAUUAUUUUUUUAUAGAACUCUUACUGUAUCACUGUAAUUUGAAUCUUGGUUGGAGAUGUGUGUGUUUGUAUUAAGCUACGUAUACACCGGGCACAUUCAAAAACGUACUAAACACAAGUUCUUGAAUGCUCGUUUAGCCCAUGGUUUUCACAAUGGACAAGUAGGGAGGGGCUUCUUCUUCUUCUUUUACUGUUUACUAGCUUCACAGUGACAUCAGUGAGUGUAUUUCCCAGACAUGUCAACCUUUUCCUUAAACAGAUAUGCAAUAAUCCGUGAUGCUUCCACAAAUGUGUUGAAAACACUGUUUUUGUGUAAUAACUGUUUAUUUGUUUUGGCAUUAUCAGAUAUGUCCAAAUUACUCCCCAACUACUAAAAGACUAUGUACUGCUGGACUAUCUAGUGCCCUGGAUUAUUAAAAGCAAUUCGGAUACCAUGCUCACUACUUUUUUUUAUUUAUUUAUUUUUUAUUUUUAAACAGCGAAUAUGAUGCCACAGAUUUCCCAAAGUAAAUACUUAGUAAAAAUGAACAUUUUACAGGGCUAUGUAUAAAUCUAUGGUGUUCUGAAGAUGAAAACCUGGAGGAUUAGAGACAUUUAAAUGCAUUUUUUAUUGGCCAAUCUCACAAACGCACUAUAUAGCACACUAAAUAGUGAGGGGAUUCAGACAAAACCAUUGUUUUGUCAUUCUGCGCCAAUAUUCCUGCUUCAAUUCUGUGUCUGAACUGUGACUCAUCAUGAUGUAACGAGGGAUGAAACCUUGUUCUUCUUUCUCGACUGUUCAGGUGUUUGAACUGUAAACGUGUGGGAUGGUGGAAACCCUCCUGUUCACACUUUAAGCAUGCAGAGGUGCAUGAUCCUGUUGAAAGUCUUUGUCCAGCUCACUGUAACCACAUUUUCUACAUUUGGUGUCAAUAAAAAUUAAAUCAUAAAAAAAAUUAAAUUUCACCAGCAGAUGUCCCUGUUGCAUUCUUCCAUUAAAGAUUCUUCAAGUAAAAUUUUUUAUGUAUGCUUUUACUUUUUUAUUUGGUAUUUUAUAGGAAUUAAAGACUUCUGAACAUAUUUUUAAAACUUCAGUCAAAUCCUUAAAAAACAAAGAAAACAAAUCUCCUAUGUUCUGCAUGAGUGUCCAAGAGUCUAUGUGCUGCUGAUUAUGCAAAUAAUCAUUAGACAAUUGUACCAGGAAGUUUUAGUAAAAAAAAAAAGAAAGAAGCCCCGGCCAGCUGCUUGUAAGUUCCUCAUUCUGGCAGCAGCAUAUGAGGGCUGUUGAUCCACUCGUCAGGCCAACGUGCCAGAGUGUAUGAGUACUCUGAUGAGGAGCAGACAGCACAUUUCCAAGGACCACGGGAUUUUCACACUCUGGGAUUGUUAAUCAAACAGGGAUACAGAUAUUAAGAGGCCGACACAAUGGGCUGUAUUAAGUCCAUACUGAUUGGAGAACUGACAAAUGGGGUGGAGGAGAAAGGCAGCUCGCCAACAGGCCAGACUGAGCAAGCGCACUAUGUAAAAGACCCAACCUCUACUUCAAAGAGCACCAGGAAUAACUCACUCCUUCCCGGCCAAGUCUUUCAAAAGUUGGAAGAGCAAAACAAGACAUAUAAGAUAGUGAUUGGCCUUUACCCGUAUGAAGCUGUCCAUCCUGAUGACCUGGGCUUCAAGAAAGGAGAGAAGAUGAAGGUCUUGGAGGAACGAGGAGAAUGGUGGAAAGCAAGGUCUAUGGCCACUAACAAAGAAGGAUUCAUCCCAUGCAAUUAUGUUGCCCAAGCUGACACCAUGGAAACGGAGGAGUGGUUUUUCAAAGACAUCACAAGGAAGGAUGCUGAGAGACAACUGCUGGCGCCAGCAAACAAACCAGGCUCUUAUCUGAUCAGAGAGAGUGAAACGUCAAAAGGGAGUUACUCGCUGUCGAUAAGAGACAUGGACAAUCAAGGCACGGAUCUGGUAAAACAUUACAAGAUCAGGAAGCUAGAUAACGGCGGCUUCUACAUUUCCCCCAAAAUCUCCUUCAACAACAUUGGCAGCAUGGUCAAACACUACCACACUAAAGCGGACGGCUUGUGCCGAAAACUGGAAUCCCCAUGUGUGAAACCCAAAGCACAGAAGCCAUGGGAUAAAGACGCCUGGGAGAUUUCCAAAGAUGCAAUAAAAAUGGUGAAGAAGCUUGGAGCCGGACAGUUUGGAGAAGUCUGGAUGGCAUACUACAACAACACGACCAAAGUCGCGGUGAAGACGCUGAAGCCAGGCACCAUGACAGUGGAAGCUUUCCUGGAGGAAGCCAACAUCAUGAAGACUCUCCAGCAUGAGCGGCUGGUGCGCCUCUAUGCUGUGGUCACCAAGACGGAGCCCAUCUACAUCAUCACUGAAUUCAUGGCAAAUGGAAGUCUUUUAGACUUUUUAAAGAGUGAGAUGGGCGGCAAACUUAUACUACCCAAACUUAUCGAUUUCUCAGCACAGAUUGCAGAGGGGAUGUCGUUCAUUGAAAAGAGGAACUACAUCCACAGAGACCUGAGGGCGGCGAACGUGCUGGUUUCUGAGAGUCUGCUAUGCAAAAUUGCUGAUUUUGGUUUGGCUCGAGUCAUAGAAGAUGACGAGUAUUCGGCCAGGGAGGGAGCCAAGUUCCCCAUCAAGUGGACGGCUCCGGAGGCCAUUAACUAUGGAAGCUUCACCAUCAAAUCAGACAUUUGGUCAUUCGGAGUCCUGCUGUACGAGAUCAUCACCUUCGGGAAAACUCCAUACCCAGGAAUGACCAAAGGAGAGGUGGUGUCGUCAAUUCAGCGAGGCUACAGGAUGCCCCGCCCCGACAGCUGCCCCACUCAGCUAUACGAAAUCAUGACGUCCUGCUGGAAGAUGCGACCUGAAGACAGACCCACCUUUGAAUACCUGCAGAGCGUCCUGGAUGACUUUUACACCGCCACAGAGGACCAAUACCAGCACCAACCAUAGACAAACACAUUCUAUAAUACUGAAUACUUUUUGUACAUAUUACAGUUUAAAAAAAACAUGUAUUUAUACUGGCCUUAUUGUCUAUCUAACUCUAUAAGGGUCAACUGUGAACAUAAAUCUCUUAAAGCAUUUUCUGAGGCAUCACAGAUUUAAUUAUGUACAGGAUUAGUAAAGAUUAUAAAGUGGAGGCUUUAUUUUUAUUUUCUGAUGCUAUCAUGCUGUAAAAAAAAGGCUUUUGAAUAUUUGAUUUGUCUAUUAACGUGAGACUGAACACAGAAAAAAAUUACAUCUAUACUAUAUUCAAGUGUUUUUAUUUUUUUUUCUGAGCAUCAAUGAACAGAUAUUUUGUCUUUUUCAACCUGAAACAAUAAACUUGUCUUACUUUAAUGACAAAA